CACCGGACAGCUGCAGGAAGUGGCCCUCCCGGAGGGCUAAGCCCUGAAAGCGAACACCAAGCUGGGGGGCGGGGGGAAGGCCUGCUGAACAGCCCCUCCCCCUCCCCAGAGCCUGCUGCUGCUGCUGCUGCAAGGAGCCAGCCCCAGAGAGGCUGCCAUGGGACCCCCAAGGAAACUAUGGCUGGGGGUGCUGGUCUGCUGGGGGACACUCCGGCUCCUGGAGGCCAACGAAGACGCCCGGCUCUUCGACACUCUGUUUGCCAACUACGACAAGAGCCGCCGGCCUGUGCGCCAAGCGGAAGAGGUGGUGGAAGUCUCCAUCAAGCUGACCCUCACCAACCUCAUCUCACUGAACGAGAAGGAAGAGACGCUCACCACCAACGUCUGGAUCACACAAGAGUGGCACGAUUACCGCCUGGACUAUGCCAGUGAAGAUUUCGGUGGGGUUUCUGCCCUCCAGGUCCCUGCAGACCAGGUCUGGCUGCCGGACAUUGUCCUGGAGAACAACAUCGAUGGCCAGUUUGAAGUGGCUUAUUUCUCCAACGUCCUGAUCUACCCGGGGGGGUACAUGUACUGGCUGCCGCCGGCCAUCUUCCGAAGCACCUGCUCCAUCGCGGUGACCUUCUUCCCGUUUGACUGGCAGAACUGUUCCCUCGUCUUUCGGUCCCAAACGUACAAUGCCGACGAGGUGCAGCUGACCUUCGGCCUGGACGACGACGGAAACCCCCUGCAGGCGGUCCACAUUGACCCCGAAGCCUUCACGGAGAAUGGCGAAAGGGCCAUCCAGAGCAACCGCCCUCGGCCCAAGAAAGUGCUGGCCGCUGGGAUCGAGGGGCCCCCUGCCACGCAGAGAUGCACCUCUUCCCCAUCAUCCAGCUUGCCGCUUCUCUACAUCAUCAACAUCAUCAUCCCCUGCGUGCUCAUCUCCUCCCUGGCGUGCCUCGUCUACUUCCUGCCCGCCGAGCUGGGGUGCAGGAAGUGCACCGCCAGCAUCCCUGUGCUGCUGGCCCAGACGGUCUUCCUGUUCCUGAUCGCCCAGAAGGUUCCAGGAACGCGCCGCUCAGCGUGCCCCCCAUUGCCCCACUCAUUCUACUCCAGCCCCACGGCUGGUUGGCUGCAGGACCUGUCCAUCAGCUGGGGCCACCUUGGGCAGCUGGGGUCCCAAGGCAGUAAUUUGAUUUUUGUGGAUGGUCAGGGCUACCAUCAUCGUCACGAACUGGCGCGGAUCGCCCUGAACGUCUCGGCUAUGCCUUCCCCCAGCACCCACGCCGCAGGGAAGUCUGUUUCACAUGGUGUCCUGUUAAUUGGGGCUGCCAGAUCAGCAGGAUUGACAGAUGCCCAGGCAAUGAGCCACCUGGAGCACCUCGGGGUUCUGCCCCCCCUCUCAAGGCUUCCUUCCCCUUCCUGCCAGGUAUUCUUGGAGGUUCUUCCGCGGUACUUGGGCUCCACCUUGGAACCGGCAGGCGAAGACCCCUGGGAUGCCCCCCAGGCCCGCCGACGCAGCUCCUUCGGGAUCAUGCUGAAGGCAGAGGAGUACAUCCUGAAGAAGCCCCGGAGCGAGCUCCUCUUCGAGCGCCAGGGGCAGCGGCACGGGCUGCAGCGGGGACCCGGCUGCCGGAUGACCCGUGAGGAGGGUGCUGGUGGGGUGGGGGCGCAUCGGCAGGCAGGGGGCCCCGCCCAGGCUAGACUGCUACACGUUGCCUGUUGUAGCUGUAGGAGGCGGGGGGCCCCCUGGAUUGUCACCAGCCACCUGGCGAGGUCAGACGAAGCCCCCCGGAUACCCUGA